AUGAUUGUUAGAUCCAACUCAAUCCGCCACGAACAAUGCAGUUUGGUAAGGAAAGGUUUGAUUUCACCGCAUCUUAGGAGAAAAGGGUCGUGUUAAUAUAGAUGACCUGGGUGAAGAUUGGUUGUGAAAUGGAGCAGUAUGAGGUUUUGGAUCAGAUAGGGAAAGGUGCAUUUGGGUCAGCUCUACUGGUGAAGCAUAAGGUCGAGAACAAGAGGUAUGUCUUGAAAAAGAUACGCUUGGCAUGCCAAACCAACAGGUCCCGUCGGUCAGCUCAUCUGGAAAUGGAGCUAAUUUCAAAAAUAAGAAGCCCAUUUAUUGUGGAUUAUAAAGAUUCCUGGGUUGAAAAGAGUGAAGAGCUUGCACAUACUUUUGUGGACUAG